AUGGCGGAUAACGCCUCGAAAAAGGCUGUUGUCACAGCCGAAGAUCGUGCGGUGAAGAAAAGACUCGCUGAAGCUCAAAAGGCCUACGGGCGUGGCAAAGCAGUCUCGACUAAGAACAUCCGCGACAAGAAGAUUCGCGGCACCCUGAGGGCGCAGGAGGCAAAGCAGAAGGAGGCAGUCCUACAAGCGAAGGAUGCAGAGAUUCUUCUUGAACAUGAAGCUGGAUUUCUUGAGCCAGAAGGCGAGCUCGAAAAGACAUACAAAGUUCGACAAGAUGAGAUUAAGGACAGUGUUGGCCUGGAGACGGCAAAGAAGGGCUUUGAGCUUCGAUUGAACGAUCUCGGACCCUACCGCGCAGAUUAUACCCGGAACGGUAGACACCUGUUGUUAGCGGGACGGAAGGGUCAUGUUGCGACAAUGGACUGGCGUGAUGGCAAGCUGGGCUGCGAGCUGCAACUCGGCGAGACCGUCCGUGAUGCGCGCUGGCUGCACAAUAACCAAUACUUCGCGGUGGCGCAGAAGAAAUAUGUUUACAUUUACGAUCACAAUGGAGUUGAGCUGCACUGUCUGAGCAAGCAUCUGGAGCCUCUCUUCCUUGAAUUCCUUCCCUAUCACUUCCUUCUUGCCAGUGCUACUAUGGCUGGCUUCCUCAAAUAUACCGAUACUUCUACUGGUCAAACUGUCGCCGAGUUGCCCACACGCUUGGGCCGUCCGACCUCUCUCUGUCAAAACCCGCAUAACGCGAUCCUUCACGUUGGACACCAGAAUGGAACUGUGACACUAUGGUCGCCAAAUUCCCAAACUUCUCUGGUGAAAGCACUUGUCCACCGCGGUCCCGUCCGAUCUAUGGCCAUCGAUCGGUUGGGUCGGUAUAUGGUUUCUACCGGUCAGGACCAGAGGAUGAAUGUGUGGGAUCUCCGGAUGCUUCGUGAAGUACACUCUUACUCGUGCUACCAGCCCGGUGCAUCUGUCUCUAUCAGUGACCGUAAUCUCACAGCUGUCGGCUGGGGUACCCAAGUCAGCGUGUGGCGGGGUCUGUUCGACGCCGCUCUCGCAGACCAAGGGAAGGUAAACAGUCCAUACAUGGCAUGGGGUGGCGACGGCCAGCGCAUUGAGAACAUGCGCUGGUGUCCAUACGAAGAUGUGUUGGGUGUCGCGCACGACCAGGGCUUUGCUAGUUUGAUCGUCCCCGGUGCCGGUGAGCCCAACUUUGACUCUCUGGAGGCCAACCCGUACGAGAAUGUCCGCCAGCGCCAGGAAGGCGAGGUGCAGUCACUGCUCAACAAGCUGCAGCCCGAUAUGAUCUCUCUUGACCCCGAGGUCAUCGGCAAACUUGACACCAUCAACAACCAAAAAGUCCAAGAAGAGCGCGACCUGGAUCGCAAGCCCGAGGAUCACCUGGAGAAGCUCAAGAACCGGGGUCGUGGCCGCAACAGUGCCCUUCGCAAGUAUCUGCGGAAGAAGGGACGCUCCAAUGUCAUCGACGAGAAGCGGCUCAAGGCCGAAACCAUGCACAAGGAACGUAUGGCGCGCGGCAAGGAGAGGAUUCGCCAAGAGCGGCAGGAGUUGGGGCCUGCUUUGGCUCGAUUUGCCAAGAAGGAUUAA